AUCAUCCCUAACUAGAGGUGUGGACCCUUAGCUGAAAUCGAGUCACUUUAGACAUAAGCAUUGACCCAAUAGUUUGAAAGUGGACCCUUAACUGAAUUGGAGCCACUUUAGACCCAAUAGUUGUAACAAAAAGGAAAACAAAAUAACCAAAUUAAGUUAAUAGAUAUAUAUAUAUAUAUAUAUAUAUAUAUAUAUAUAUUACAUAAAGAUUAAUUGUUUAUUUAUUUUAGAAAGAAAAAAAUUAUUCUAAUUUAUAAGUAUUUAGAAGAGAGAAAUUUAAUGGAUAAUUAAAAAAAAAUAUAUUUUAAAGGAGGAAGAAGUUUAAUGAAGAAUAGUAUAAUUUAUAUCUAUUUGGGAGAAAGAAGAUUAAUGAAAAUUUUAAAAAUAGCUUCAAAUGGAAUUUAAAAAUCAAUACCACAAAUCAUCACAUUUUUUUUUUAUCUAUAUAUCGUUUCCAUUUUCAUUUAAAAAACUAGCCGUUGUAUUCAAAUAUUCCAUUUUUACUUACAAAACUAGCCAUUGUAUUCGAAUUAAAUUUUCUUAAGAAGUAGAACACAUUAUAAAACUCAAAUAUUUUCUCAAUAUCGAUUCAAAGAUUUUAUUGUGAUCAGAAUCAUAUCGAGAAUAAAAAUAACUAGUUAGAAUAUCUUAGAGAUGUCGAAAUCUGGUACUAGAUGUGCAGCUUGCAAAUAUUUGAGAAGAAGAUGCUCCAAAGAUUGCAUAUUUGCUCCAUAUUUUCCUUCAAAUAAUCCACAAAGAUAUGAUUGUGUUCAUAAAAUCUUUGGAGCUAACAAUGUUGCCAAAUCCUUGAAGGAUCUUCCUGUUCAUGCAAGAGCAAUGGCUGCAGAUUGCAUGAGUCUUGAAGCAAGCUGGAGAAUUGCUGACCCAGUUUAUGGAUGUACUGGGGUUAUUACUCAAUUGCAAGAUCAAAUCAUUAAGGUUCAAUCUGAGUUGGCUAAAGUUCAAGCCCUAUCAGCUAUUCAUUUGGCACAAAUUCAAACCAUACCUUAUGAAACCCAAGUUGUUCAAGAUAGGGGAGAUGUGGAUGGGCUUGUUGAUCAGUUUGUCAAUGAGGAGGUCUUCAAAUUUGACAAUGUCUAAGUUUUGAAUUACUUUAGGGCAUUGUCCAAUAUAUUUAUUUUUUUUAAUUUGGUAUUUUUUAGUUACUUAUAAUUUUCACAAUAUGAUGUAAUAAAAAUGAUUACUAG